AUGUCCAUGUUCCGGUCAGCGGCGGAAUCUUCAUCAGACUCUGAUUCUGCCUCCGAAGAAUGCCAACUCCAGGUUUCCGGGUCCUCGACUCCUCGUCACUCCCCAAGAGGCCAGACCAAAAGCUCCCAGAAGGGAAAGUCAACCAAGCACUCCACGGAAGCAUCAGAAUCUACAGAAGAUGUCGGCUCCUCGCUCUCAUUCGAUGAUGUUUCCUCGCUGCCUCCGGAUGCACUUGAUGUCAACAUUGACCGUCACUCAAAUGUCAUGACGGCUGCCCUAUUAGAGUUUUACUGUCAAAGUCGAGCGGCAGACAUCUUGAAUGCCCAGCGAGGCUCUGGCCAUGCCUACAGCCGACAUAGUCCCGAAGCAAAAUAUCUUGGCAAGCAAUUGUACAAAUACAAAUCACAGUUCUUGUCCGCUCAUGGUGUCUUGGCAGACGGCAUUGACAAGGAAGAGUUGGGACCAACUCGGCAAAGCUAUCGUGAUAACCUUGAUUUGCUCGGCAUCUCUGCUCUCGAUGAUAUGAACCUCAAUGACCCCCGUGUACGGUCUCCAACUAUUGGGGCAGGAGACAACCUAUCAUUGAUCACGAAGUCCUCAAUGCAUAGGUCCGGCCUUGAGAAUGCAGAGAGUCCCUCAACCUUUUGGCAGGAUACUGGUACAAAUGCAGGUUUUGGGAGGCAAAUUCCUUCUGCAAGCAAAGUUGAUUACCUUUCUGCCGUCCCUAAUGGGGCACCAAAUCUCCCUCAUCCUUCUAUACCUCUCUUUGGCAGCUCUCCUGUUGGAGUUCCGCUAUUCAAUUCGCCAAACGUCCCUCCCUAUAAUCAUUUAUCAAGAUAUUCUGUCGAGUUCAGUGAACUCAAAGUAUUGGGACGCGGAUCUUUUGGUGAAGUGUACCAUGUUACAAAUCACAUCGACGGACAAGACUAUGCAGUCAAGAAAAUCCCGCUCAGUCAAAAACGACUAGACCAGCUGCAAUACGGGGGUCAAAAUCAGCUGGAAGUCAUCAUGAAAGAGAUUCGAACCCUGGCACGACUCGAACAUACGAAUAUUGUCCGAUAUUACGGCGCAUGGGUUGAACAGGCCCAUCAUUCACACCCUCCUCCUGCCGAUCCGCAUCCACUUCACACAGAUUAUGAGCGCACACAAAGCAAUUUACCCUCUCCCGGUAGCCCCAAUGAACCAAGCAUGGGGAUUGUGUUUGGUAAUUCUGAAAGCUCAAACAACGACUCUCAUUCUAGUUCUCUACCCGAAGAUCACAGCUUCUCCGAGAGCAUUCGGCGAUGGGACAGUCACGCCACAGGCUCUUCCCGUCAGUCAAAGAAAAGCUCGCGAAGAGACUUGGACGAGGACGACGAGGAGAUUGAGUCGAUCCCUCGCACAUUCGAUAAUACGUCGAGCUUCGGAGAAACGGAUGAUAUUUUCACUGAUGGAGGUCUCAGUCAAGAUCAGUCCAAACUUCAAGUUCAACCCCGCUACCGACCUGGUCAGCAACCGCCUGCGGUUAUCCUCCACAUCCAGAUGUCGCUCCAUCCUAUCUCAUUGGGCUCGUAUCUGAACUCACAAGCCCCUCUGAGAUACGAUGAAAACUCACCUCCUCGCCGCCACUGCUUCCAUCUUCUACCUUCUUUGAAACUCAUGCUGGACAUCGUUUCGGGUGUCGAGUAUCUCCACUCGAAAGAUAUUGUUCAUCGUGACUUGAAGCCUGCCAAUAUCUUCCUAUGUGCACCGGAGAACAGCACGGUAGAUACAUGCGACGCAUGCAGUUCUGGGCAGGAAUCUCCAAUUCAAUUUUGCCGUCCUCGAAUCGGAGAUUUUGGUCUCGUGGCAGAUAUCUCUCACCUCAACGAGGCUUCCCACGGCACGGUCACGCCCUUCCGAGAGGGUCCCAACAUCCAAAAAGUCGUCGGAACAGAGUUCUAUCGUCCACCAGCAAAUGUAUCGGGCACAGAAAGUGAUCCAAACUCCCCAGCGGACUACUUUGACGAGUACAGGAUCGACGAGAAGCUCGAUGUCUACGCGCUCGGAGUCAUCUUUUUCGAAACUCUAUACCGAUUGAACACAAAGAUGGAACGACAAUUCGUUCUCAACGAUCUCACUCGCGGAUUAGGCCAAGAUCCAUCCGAGCGCACGAUCUUCCCGGCGGAUUUCGCCGAAAAGGUUAAUCAUGGCUCAGUGGUCUUGGACGAUGGAAUCUCGGUCGCAGAUUCUCUAAUGACUUGUAUGAAGGGCAUGCUAGAACCCCGGUCUCAACAACGCUGGACUUGUCAACAGGUGAAAGAACACCUGCGGAAGAUGAAGAAGGCAGUGCGUCGACUGGAGGCGAAUGAAUGA